AUGGCGGCCUGCGGCGGCCCAGCUCGCUGGUCGAGCUCGCCUGCCAGCACGUCCCGCCACGGCGCCGCCGCACACGGGUCCAGCGCCCGCGCCGCAGUGAAGGAGCACUUCUCUGGUGCCUGCGCCGCGCACCACAGGGCUGCGGCGGAGGCGGCACGGUUUGACGUGAUCGGCUACUGGAAGGCGCGGCAGACCGCCGAACCCUACUGGCAGCAGUUCUACGAGCGGAGGGGCUUCGCCAUUCUCCCGGGACCGACCCCGACGCCGUCGCUUACCUCGCCAAGCACGUGCUGCAUUCCGCGUGCGCGAGCCAGAACCUGA